AGUACUUCUUCACCACAGACCAAGAGACUAAAAGCAACACCACUUCUGCUGCUCACUGACCCGCCCCGUCGGAUACAUACAAUCUGCUGUAUCACUUGGUGGAUGCUUCCUCCAAUCGCCGUUGAAUCGGGGAAACUUCCCGGCUGCUGCUCGUCACCCGAUCGGGGCCAGCCCUUCCUUGCUUAAGCCUUAAACGCCUCUUUCUUUUUUUUUGUUUUUUUGUUUUUUGUUUUUUAACCACAAGUACCAACUACGUACUUUCUCCUCUUCUGCCACGGCCGCCAUGCCGACUUCCAAUACUUCUUCCCCCGUCAAGCGCCCUGGACUGGGCCGUCGUGCGGUUUCCUCUCACGCCGUUGUCACGCGCACCCCUUCCAACCAAGGCGAGCUGUCUCAGUCCCAGUCCUCCAACACCACCCAGAAAGCCCCCUCAAGGCCCCAUCGUCCCCAUCUAGUCGGCGGGGGCCAUCGCAACCAUCACCGCAACCCCUCUUUCGGCAAAAAUCUGCACAAGCUACAAAGACACCUCUCCAGCCAACAAAUAGGCCCUGAAGCUACCGCUCGCGUGCAUCAGCGCAAGAAAUCCGCCCCUGCGACACCUGCCGCUAGCCCGCGCGGGCAUCACGUUCGUUGGGAUGGAGUUGCGGAACAAUCACACCCCACAACAGGAUCAAUGAAGAAGAACAAUUCGAGUCCGGCCCUUCGACGCAAUACGUCAGUCGUCCUCGGAAAGAAAGCGCUGGUCACCGACCGUCCACAUACGAGCUCCGGAAAGAAGAAGACAGUGGGAUUCGAGUUGGCGGAUUCCGACGACGAAGCUGAUUGGGAAGAUACUACGCAGUCGCCUGAAAGCACGAGACGCAGCUCGGUGGCACAAUCCAAAGAGAGUGUGGAGAAUCCUGCUGUUCUGGUCGACCCCCUUACCUUCGUCAAGCGCUCUUACCCGCAAUUUCCUCGAGCCACCAGCCUGCCAGAGUCGACGAGCAAGAGUUUCGGUGACGACAACUAUUCCGACGAAGAAGAUCACGACGACCACGGCCACGACCACGAAGAAACCGCACAGCAACCUCCGUCCGAUUCUGACGAGACACCCGUCGAGACUACCCGCCCUAGUGAGAACGGCGUCAUCGCAACGCGGAUUCUGGGUCCGUCUAUCUCUGCCAAAGCACCACCGGCCAUGUCUUCCAUUUCUGCGACCGUCAAGCCGACCGUGAUGGAUCAGUCUUCUCGCAAUGUAUCCCUGACCAACUUAGCGUCUGCCCAUGACGGUUCCCGACGACCGAUGUCUUCGUCUAUCACCACGUUGGCGAACACGCCAACCCAUGCUACGUCCUCAUCCAUCGAAGGCGGCGUCUCCAAAUUUAUCAUCAAUAACAAACCAACGACAAACUCAUUCUCCCGCAUAGAUUCGGAUCCAAACACCCCAUCCUCUUUCCUCCCACACUAUCAUCCCCAAACUCCACCAUCGCCAAAUCGCGCAACUAGUACGAAAAAGCCACGAGCGUCGCCGCCUUCAAGGCCCGCUGGCGCAGAACCCCAUUCUCGCACACAGCAAAAACUGUGGUUGCAGCGAACUGCAGCAUUGAACACAUCACCGCCCGACGGCGUGUCCACCGCAGCCCCCCCCUCUGUCGUGGACCCGAUCUUUGCUGCACCUCACACACGACCGGGCGCUGGGGCUUUCGAGCCGGGCAGAGGCCUUGUCAACGGAUCCGCUCGAGCCAGUGGAACGGUACAUGACAAUGAAACCAAGCACGUUCGGAAAGCAUACGAGAAAACUACCCUGGAGUUGACCGUUGUCCGCCGAUUCCAGUCUCCCACCGGCGACAGCUUCAGGCGCUUAAAUGCCAUUCUGAAUGAUCCACGAGGCGCGACUUCUAGCUUAGACCGACAUUCGUCGCUUGGCAAACCCAUCAAAUCUGCGCCAGCUUUAACUCACCUCCGCGGCAGCAAACAACAAGACGGCAGCCAAGGCAGCGCCAGCCCCGAACCCAGACAAUUAAUCGGACGAAAGCAUGCGGACAUGCAUACAUCCGUCUCUCAGACUUACCUUCCAGAACCCGACGACCUCGUGAAUGAGCCCACCGACCCGCCCCCCUCCGGCAGCAAAUCCCAACAUCCCUCUCACCGCAUUCUCUCCACAUCCGAUGAAGCCGCCCACCCCGACCCUGCCACCUCGGCAAGAGUGCCGGGCUCGGAAACAUUACAAGACCCCGACGAAACCGAACUCAUGAUGCGUCGCAUCUGGGAAAGUCGGGAAGUAGCGACAGCUGGCUAGUAAUGGACGAGCGGAACGAACCCUUCUCUGUACAAUUAUACCUCUUUCAUUACAUCUCUUCUACCAUAUUUCCCCCAUUCGAUAUCAUCCCUCGUCGUGUACAAGGUGUUAGCAGGGGGUUGCCGUUCUUCUUCUGUUAGCGUUUCGAACAGCUUCCAUAUUACAUUUCGCCCAU